UUUUUUUUUUUUUUUUUCUCUAAUUCUCUCUCUCUCUCUCUCUCUCCAUUUUCCUCUCGGCUCGGGGCCUCUCCUCGUUUUCUCAAUUCAACCAUGAAGCCUCAGCUCUCCUAAAGGUUCUCCUCCUCCCGCGGCUUUGCGCUCUCGGAUACUACCGAGCAGAUGGAUUCAAUGCAACUGAAUCAGAAUGGGGAUAUUGUUGAAGGUGCCUCCGAGAAGCAGUUUCUCUAUCCAGAUUCCUGUGAUGCAUACAAUGUUUUUGGAGCUCCAGAGUUGCUUCCUCGAGUUGGAGACCAGUACCAGGUUGAAAUUCCACCAUUAAUGACAUAUUCUGAGUAUCUUUCCUAUAAAAAGGGCCCGUUUGAGCUGGAAUGUGCCCUUGGUAUUCAUUAUGAUUUUCUAAUGGGACUACCUAUUCCAAUCAUGUGGAUCAAUAAGGAAAUUGAUCAUGUUAAACAUAAAGGGCUGGAACAUCUUGGUGAUUCAGAUGAUAUAUCCAAUAAAAGUGGGCUCUCAAAAUCUGAAAGCAACAGAAAGGCUCAGAAUUGUUCAGUGGGUGAAGAUUUAAAAUGUAAAAUAGAGCCUCUGGACCUUGUAUGGGCAAAUGAUAUAGGAUCAGGAACGUCAGCUGACUUAGCUUCAGAGCAAGAAACAAGAAGCAAAAUGUGUCAGAACUACAGAGCUAAAAAAUACUGUUUAGUUCCUGGUUCUUUUGGUGGUUUGUGGAGUAAAAUUGAAAAGGAAAGUUUCCUUCUUGGCUUGUACAUCUUCGGGAAGAACCUUGUUCUGGUGAAGAAAUUUAUUGUGAAUAAGACUAUGGGGGAUAUACAAUCAUUUUACUAUGGGAUAUUUUACAAGUCUGAUGAAUACCAAAGAUGGUCAGAUUGCCGAAAGAUGAGAAGCAGAAAGUGUGUAUAUGGGCAAAAGAUUUUCACUGGAUUGAGGCAACAGGAACUGUUGUCUCGUUUGUUUCUCAAUGUGUCAGAAGAAUGCCAAAAGACUUUGUCAGAGGUCUCUAAGACUUUUGGAGAGGGCAAAAUGCCCCUAGAGGAAUAUGUUUUCACUUUAAAAGCUAUAGUUGGGAUGAACAGUCUUGUAGAGGCCGUGGGUAUUGGUAAAGGGAAGCGUGACCUAACAGGCAUCACAAUGGAGCCUCCAAAGUCCAAUCAUGCUGUUCCUUUGCGCCCAGAAAUUCCAAUUGGCAAAGCAUGCUCCUCCCUUACACCAGAAGAAAUCAUCAAGUUUCUGACAGGGGAUUUUCGGUUGAGCAAGGCUCGAUCAAAUGAUUUAUUUUGGGAAGCAGUUUGGCCCCGUUUACUGGCAAGAGGUUGGCACUCAGAGCAGCCCAAUGAUCAGAGUUUUACUGCUGCUUCCAAGCAUUCUUUGGUCUUCCUUGUGCCUGGUGUCAAAAAGUUCUCAAGGAGAAGACUAGUCAAGGGAAACCACUAUUUUGAUUCUGUAAGUGAUGUAUUGAGUAAAGUUGCUUCCGAACCUGGCCUUCUUGAGCUGGACACUGAAGCAGAUGAAAGCAACAGAAACAAGGAAGAGUGUGGGUGGAGUCCUGAAACAAAAUUGGAACAAGAUGAUUUGUCUGAGCCCCGCCGUCACUGCUAUCUUCAACCUCGAACUUCAGUUCGUAGUACAGAUCUGAUGCAGUUUACUAUUGUAGAUACAAGCCUGGCGGAUGGAAAAACAUUUAAGGUGAGAGAAUUGAGAACAUUACCUGAUGAAGUUUCUAAGAAGAGAAUCUCUAGGAGUCAUUCUGAAGAAAAUGAUGAUGAUGGCUCUGAGGUGUCAUCUCAAGAUUCAGAGUGUGUUGAUACCAUGUUAUCUGAUCAUAUGGACACUAAUAAUUCCAAUAUAACAAAAACAGUGUCUGCUAUUGGCAUGUUCUCUGAGAAGGAUCUUGAAGUCGGUUCUUCGAACCAAGGGGAUGAUGGUCAUGAUCCUGAAAAGGCAUCUGCUAGAGGCACCAAAGAUCUUAACAUUUUCUGUGAAGAUAAGCAGCCAAUCAAAUCUCUGAAGUGCAAGCGAGGGCUAAAACAAAAUGAUUUGAACUAUUUAGCUGAAGGAACAAAAAGGCACCGGAGAUUAGGUGCUUGUACUCAAGCUGAAGCAAGCCAUUGCAUCAUCAGUCCCUCAGUAAACUCCAGGUUUGAGCAAGAGGAGCAGAUUUGUUGCUCAGGAACUCCUGAUUCAAGUCAAAACAAUUUCUCUGGAUUUAGUUUACCUCAGAGGAGGAUCCCUUCCUCAAGUUCGUCAAAAGGUAGCCCUAUCGAGAGCAGUGAAGGCAUCUCUUAUGAUACCAGUUGUGUUGCAGAAGGUUCUUAUGAUAAACCUCAACCCCGGACAUUGAUUGACCUGAACUUGCCGCAAGUCUCGCUAGAUGUUGAAGCUAGUGAAAUCUCCAUAAUGGCAGAUGAUAAAGCAAGCAAACCAGAAAAUUCUGCUGCUCCAGAAACUGCUACAGAUGUGCAGCAGCCAAACAUGAACUCAAGGAGGCAGGGCACUAGAAACCGGCCUCCAACCAUGAGAGCAUUGGAAGCCUUUGCAAGCGGGUUUUUAACCUCCUCUCGUAAGCGUAAGAAUAAAGAAGCCUCUCCAAGGAAGAACUCAACAUCAAGACCGCCUAAACGCGCAUGUAGUGGAGUGCAGGUGACUGAGAAUUUUGGUGCCAGAACUGUGGACUCGCAGAUGGCAGAAGUUGGAAAUGGGGCGCAUGAUGCCAACAUCGACGUUCUUAACAAAUUUCAGGUGAUAUCCGAGGGAAAUGACACUCAAAUGAGAGGACCGUAAUGGGAAGUUUUCGAGUUCAACAUCCAAGUCAUUGCAUGCUGUUAAUGGAAGAAUGAAUGCUUAGUUAAAAGGACCUUACUCAGAAAGAUGCUGCUGGUUUCAAUGAAAGCCGACAUAUUUCAUCAGCAAGGCGCCUCCUACUCCAUGCAACUUCCAAUUCUGAAACUGGGCUGCAUAAAAGAUCAGCUGUUACUGAAAAAAAAUUAGCUUAUUCGAGGGGAUCGUUUAGUUGCUACCCUUCGUCAUAAGGUUCAGUCUUGGCGAGUGCAUUUCCUCCUAAUAAGCUGUAACAUUUUCAUUCAUCCAUGUGAUAAAAACUGUCUGAUACUUUGGAGUUGGCAUGUGAGGGGAGGCUUAGGUAAUCAUAAACUUGUGCUUUUACAUCUUAUUGGCAAUAGAAAACAUAGAACUGGUGUUUCUUUUCCUAGUUGAAUCAUCUCUGUUUAGGUUUUCUGUUGCCUUUGGUUUCUUUGAGCAAGUGUUUGUGUUUUUUAAACUUUUAUUGCAUAUAUGCAAGAUAGAGACCUGCAAGGCUCGAUGGUAGGUUUGUUUAGUUUAAAUGGCAGCUUGACAUG